AUGGCGAAGGGUUUAACAAUUGUCAUGCUGGUCUUUGUGUCCAUGGCCGGAUGGAUGUUCGGUGCAGACACAGGAUCGAUUGGUGGUAUUACAAAUAUGCGCGACUUUCAAUCGCGUUUUGCAGAUAAAUAUGACAAGGAUACAGAUACCUAUUCGUACUCUUCGGCUCGCCAAGGUUUGCUGACUGGUAUGGUCAACGUCGGUUCUUUCAGCGGCUGUAUUCUUUCUUCGCCUUUGGCUGAUCGCAUCGGUAAACGUACUUCUAUUAUUGUCUGGACCAUUGUUUACUUAAUCGGCAUCAUUAUUCAAGUCACUACAGUUCCUUCCUGGGUUCAAAUCGUGAUUGCAAAAAUUUGGACUGGUCUUGGUAUCGGAGCUCUCUCUGUUAUUGCUCCUGGUUACCAAUCUGAGGUUGCACCAGCUGCGAUGCGCGGUGCCAUUGUCACCACUUACCAACUUUUUAUUACCGCCGGUAUUUUCAUCGCCGCUUGCAUUAACAUGGGCACUCAUAAACUCAACAAGACUGCACAAUGGCGUAUUCCCAUGGGUAUCAACUUGCUCUGGGGUCUCAUUACUCUAGUCGGUAUUCUAUUCCUCACCGAAUCUCCUCGUUAUUUGAUCUCCGUUGGCAGAGAUGAAGAGGCCUUGAAAAUUAUGUGCAAGAACAAUGACCUCCCUCUUGAACAUGAAGUGAUCCAAGCUGAAUACCACAUGAUUAAAUCGGAUUGUGAUGCUGAGUUGGCUGGCGGUCCUUGCACCUGGCCUCAAGUUUUCGAUAAGCAAAUUCGCCAUCGUACCUUUCUCGGCAUUGCUGUCAUGUCUCUUCAACAACUUACUGGUAACAACUAUUUCUUCUAUUACGGUACCCAAGUGUUCCGUGGUACCGGAUUAAACUCUCCCUUCUUGGCUGCUUUGAUUCUUGAUGCUGUCAACUUUGGAUGCACCUUUGGUGCCAUUUUCGUCCUUGAAUACUUUGGUCGUCGUAACCCUCUCAUUCUUGGUGGUGUUUGGCAAUCCAUCUGCUUCUUCAUCUAUGCCUCUGUUGGUGAUAAGGCUUUGAAACGUCCUGACGGAUCCUCAAACCAUCGCUCAGGAGCUGUCAUGAUCGUCUUUUCUUGUCUCUUCAUUUUCUGUUUUGCUCAAACUUGGGCUCCUGCAGCAUACGUAAUUGUUGGUGAAUCUUAUCCCAUUCGUUAUCGUUCCAAAUGUGCUGCCUUGGCUACCUCUGGUAAUUGGAUUUGGAACUUUUUGAUUUCCUUCUUCACUCCCUUCAUCACCAACUCCAUUGGCUUCAGGUAUGGUUAUGUCUUUGCGUCUUGUAACCUGGCCGGUGCUAUCAUCAUUUUCCUCUUCGCCCACGAGACGAAGGGUCUUACACUGGAAGAAAUUAAUCUCGUUUAUACCUCCGGUACACAGCCCUGGAUGCCCCGUCCCAAGCACAUUGGCGAGUACUCCCGACACCAAGACGAAGCUCUUGAAAAGUCUCGUGGUGUUCAUGGAGAAAGCUCGAAAUUCGUUGAACAUGCUCAAACUUCGAAAGACAGCGUCGAAAGCUCUUCCGGAAGCAGCCCUAUUGCUGGACACAAGCAUGAGGCUGCUCAUAUUGACGAACAAGAUCGCUUUUGCUAA